CCAACAGCAGCAAAGGCAUGCAUCAUACUGUCUCAAAACUAGUGUCAUGCUACAAAUGAUGAUUGUCCAGACUAUCCAGGCAUUUGUGGUGCUUUAUCUUAAUAUGUAUUUUACUCACUGCAUGGUUCUCCAUCAGCCGGACUCUGUUAUGGCAGUUGACCCUGGUGCCAACGUGACUCUGCAGUGCUUUUUUGCAGAAAACUACACCGUGUAUGACAUGUUUUGGUACAAACAAAUCAAGGGACAGCAGCCCUUUUCUAUAGUUAAGGCGAGAGCUGUUGCUGAUCCCAUUUUUCAUAAAGGGUAUUUGAACACACGCUUCAAUAUCAGCAGGUCAAAGAAAAGACUUUCUCUUAGUAUCAUUAACAUUAGUCCCUGGGACGAGGCGGUCUAUUAUUGUGGAGUGGAGAUUUACUAUGAUAUUGAGUUUGGAAAUGGGGUAUUCUUACAAAUAUCCUCCUUUAACACUGCAGCUGUAGAUCCAACAGAGAGAGAUUAUCUUAAGGCAGUUAUCAUCUUUCUGUGCAAUGUUAUUGGAAUAUGUGCUGUGUGGAUCAUAUUUCUCUGCAUCAGGAUUAAACAACAAACGGCUUUAUGUCCAGUUUCUUCUGUCUGUAGCCAGCAACAUUUUGAAGUGUCUCAUGCAAAGUCAUAGAUCCAGUUUUUAAACUAACCAAGAUCAAAGCCUGAGGAGACAGUGAUGCCCAAUAAAUGAAGAACAUUCAAGAAGGAAACAUCUUGGUCAAAAAAAAAUAUUUCUUUAAUUUACCAUAUUCACUUCAAUUACUGUACAAGAACUGUAUAUGCUUUGACAACACAACGUUGUUUGUUCAGUAGAAUCUACAAUUUGAACAAAUGUGCUACAACAACUUAUUAGGUUCCAUUUAAAAGGGAAUGCUAAAGGAAUUUUGUGUGAGGGUGGGAUGGUGGAGGAAUAAAAAAAAAUAAUUCUGUCAUGCCAAUUGUUUAACCAGAUAACUGUCACUCACGUUUUUGAAGAUAGACAUGAAUAUGCAUGAUACAAACCAAAAUUUUUAUAUUUCAUGACUGAAAACAUUUUGUAACAUGAUUUUGAUGUGCCAUUUACAUGGUAAUGCAAUGUCUGAUUUUAAAAUGGGUUUUGAAGGAUGAAUUUUGAGAUUUUAUGUUUUCAAGUGAUAUAUAACUUCUGAUGAUUUCUAAAAUGUGAUAGAGAAAAAGGCAACGAGGAAGUCUUAUUUUUAAACAAAGGUCAAAACUCCUUUUGUAAUGUAGAUUUCUGAGGGUGCACUCUUGUCAUAAAUUGAUCUAUUACUUUUCCUACCUAAUUUUUAACCAAAAAUAUUGGUAUAAUAUAUAUUUGGGAGUCUUAGACCUUUCCAACGAUAUAUAGUUUGUCAAGAUUAGAUUAAAUUUGAUAUA